CCCAUCUCAAAGUCAAAGAUCCUUCAUACCAGAACAAUGCCUUCCGCAACAUACACCUACGCUGUCCAACCUACUGCUCCGUGGGCGGUCUCGACGAAGACAUCAGCGUACACAGCUGCAUCUCAACCUUACCAACCAUCACCGGUCUAUGGCCAGCUCUACCAGCCACCACCAUCGCGAUCUGAAAGCAUCACCACAGGGGGAGGCUCAUACUCAAUUCCAAGCAGAGCCCAGUCAGUAAGCUCUUACUCGGGUAGUGAGAGCAACAGUCCUGUCGAUGCACUUGGUUACAUGGGCGAACGGCUUAACAGGGCGAUGGAUCCUACUCCCCUGGAUCGCAGCCUGGCAGUACAAGCUCAAAGAUCUGGAGAGCUUAAUGCCAAAACUCGAGAACUGCAGGCUCUUCAAGCGUUGGCACAAUCUCGACUCAAGUCUGCCAGACGAAACUUUGCCGAUGGCAUUCAAGCUGCCAAAGAUGUCCAGCGAAAUCUUGAAUGGACACAAGGGAGAACUAGAGCAUUGAAUCAACGAGCGGCACAGAGGUGGCCGGCUCAAUACGCAACAGCGAGUUCACGCUUUCCUCCUCUUGAAGACUACUGAGACCGGAGUUGUUCUGUUGGACAGGGUAUUGCCAAACAAAAGGAUGUUUGAUGCAUGUCUUGUUAAGUGUCAAUGUUGCCUCGGAAGGUCAGUGUCCAGGGCGUUCCAGCAGUCUGGUAAUUCUUCAAAGAGAUGUGUUCUGAGUCGCACAGUUUCACAUGUGCAAACAAAAAGUGAAGGACGAGUGACUG